GGUAGCUUUCUUUCUUACUUCUUUUUUGUUCAGUCACGUCACCGAGAUUAAUAGAACCUUUUGUUCCUCUCAACCUCUGCAAGCAUAAACUGGAGACCCAACGAGGACCUUUGGUGGUGUGCAGAACCAUCAGACCAACAAAAAUGACGCCGUGGAGGGUAGUUCUCUGGCUUUUCGGUGCUCUGUGGCAGUUCACCGUCUUAGCCUGUCUCCCGACACACGUGCCCAUGUUGGAUCUUAGAGUCUGCGGACAGAAUGAGCAAGCAAGCUUUGGACCCUCGGCUCCUCAAAGAAAUUCGACGCGACCGUGGACCCUCGAGCGUCGCCAACUUCCUACAGUGCUACAGUCAUCCAUCAGCCCAUUCCGCUUGUACUCGUCUUCUGAUGCUUCUUCUGGGCUUGGCAUGAGUGUGAUCUGUACGCAUGAGAGUGCGGUACAUCUUGAACGCUACCUUUCACUCGGUUCCAGCACCACUGCACACCAGUCCGACAUAGCCGAGUCCGACUUAUUCAGAAUCGCCAACAUACCAGCACGGGGAUGUGGUCUCAUCGCGAAGCAGCGGCUACGACAAGGGGAUGUGCUCAUGGCACAAGCGCCUAUUUUGCUUCUAGACUUUGAAAUUUACUCACAGUUGGAAGAAAGAAAAUGGAUCCAGCUCCAUCACGAGGCUGUGGCAGCAUUGUCGCUUGAAGCAAGAACGAUGUUCUGGCAGUUAGACGCCGUCAAACGGGUGGACCCGUUGACAGACCGUAUAAGAGCCAAUGCUUUCGCAUUGCAGAUGAGAAGCGGGACAUAUCUCGCUGUGUUUCCGAAUAUCUCGCUUCUCAAUCACGACUGUGAUCCCAAUGCGACGUACGACUUUUCUGAGGAAUCGCUUACUCAAAAAAUCACAAUUUCGAAACCUAUACAGCCUGGUUCCGAAAUAGUCAUUAGCUAUCUUGAACCACACCUGUCCCUGGAGAUGAGGCAGAGCUACUUAUCGUCAAUGUGGGGUUUCAAAUGCUCCUGUAGCACCUGCCAGGCGGAGAGUACGGGGGUAAAGGAGUGACUAUUAGGAUUAAUAUAUAAGGGUGGGCUUAUAUUUAUAUAGCUAAGGAUUUAAGAAAAAAUAUUAGUUGUGAAAAAAUAGAAAUAAAUAUCAAGA